AUGGCCGAUGCGCUGAGGGCAUGGCUACGUACGAGGCUAGGUGUAAUCAUAGAUCUCACCCCUGAGAUGUUCGGUCGUUACACCAGAGACGGCACCUUGCUGGCCCAGAUCCUGCACAGCUACGAUAUAAUAAGCAGCAAUCAAUUAAGCACCAUUCUUCGUACGCAGGACCCGGCGUUAUGCAGAGUGAACCUGAGGACUCUACGAAUCUGGCUAAAGCUCAUCAACGUUACACUGAGUGACGAAUGUAUCGACAAAAUUUCUAAAGGUAAAGGUGCAGCAGCUCUGCAGCUCUAUUAUAAGGUCUAUCUGAGUCUUGAAGGUAAGGAUCGAUUGCAUUUCAUUGCUCUUCAGAAAGAGCGAAAAUAUAUGCCGAGCAGAUUCGACAUCUCCAAAGUAUCCGAGGAGCCACCUUCCUAUCACCCACCCGAACAUCCUCUUUCACAACCGUUAAUCGAAGCAGCCGAUACCGUUCUUUGGCAUAGAAAUAAAUUUUGGGCGAUUACGCAAGCUUGCAGACGAGAACGUCAACGAUUCGAAGCCCUCAUGAAAUAUCCUAUAGUCGAACCGAUCGAACAUUUUAUUCCGGAAGUGUUACCGGAUGAGAAGGAGAUAGAGAGCGAGGCACUGGAUGAGUUUGCUCGCAAACAUCCGCCUCACAAGAUGAAAAGAUACCGCGUAGUCGAAUGUUGCCCCGAAAAAAAAUCGUUGGAAAUGCCUUGUAUCAAAGAUUCCGCGGCCGCUACGGAAUAUAUUGACUUACUGAAGAGGCGCAGUGAAAAAGCGACAAAAUCUCACGCGCUCAAGUUGAAGAUACAAACGACAAUGAUGACAGAAGCUUGGGAGCAAUUGCUGAGGAAACAAGAUAGGUCUUUCGACGAAGCUCUCGGCAGGCGAGUGCUAGAUCAAUCGCGCUAUGAAAAACAGAUGAUGAGGAAGCUGUGCGAGGUGCGAGAUUUGAGAAAUAGAAUUGUAGAGAACCGCAGAAUCGUUGACGCAAUGUUGCUAAACACUAGAGAAAACGAGCUGCGAUUGAAGGAGGAUCGUCGUCGAGAGAUAAUGAAGGAAGAGAUGGAAAACGUGGAAAUGGAAAGCCACAGAAUGCGUGAGCUUCGAUGGAGAAUUCGCGAAGAAAAGGUGAGUGAUAAUGAAUGUGGGGAAGGAGUUUUUCAUUACGUUAUGCGUAGAAUAAGGGAAAAACAUCGAGACAUUUGUUUGAAAAUCAUGCAAGAUCUCGCAGAUAUCGCAGUAAAGAUGGCUGACUAUCGUCAAGCGAAUAAUAAUCAUAUUCCUUAUUCCAUAUGGAAUGAAUGGAAAACGUCGUUCCUGAGAAAUCAACCAAUAUUCGAACUCGAGGAACAUCUCGAUGAUGUUGAUGAACAGAUGGAAGAUAUAGAAGAAAUAAAAAACAAAGAAGAAACAAAACAUAAAGAAAUAAUAGAAGACAAAAUAGGAAUGAAAAAUGAAGAAAAAAUAAAAAACAAAGAAGAGAUAAAAAUCAAGAAGAAAUUGAAAACUGAGGAAAAACAGAAGCUAAUUCAACUGGAAUUAAAACGUCAGCGAUCUCUGGCUGAUACAGAUUUUGAAAGUUAUCGAGAUCUAAGCUUACCAUGGGAUCAAUUCGUGUCGAAGGAAGAAGAAAAAGAUGAAGAAGUUAUCAGAUUGGGUGGCAUUGUACUUGGCUACAUCGUUCAUCGGUUACUAGAAAUAUUAUAUCCUUAUUCGAGUGAGUUGAGUUGUCCGGUACCAAGAGUUAAAGUUGCGGCUAUUAUCUCGGGAAUAGUAAAUCCAACCUUGCACGAACAGUUACGAGAAUUAUUAAAGAACCACGGAAUCCAUUUGCUGAGAAUGGAAGAUGCGAUUAACUAUUGUUUGGAAAGAUAUAAGCAGGAAGUAGCUAAUGUAGAGUAUAUUGAUUUAAACAUCAUCUCGGCGACGACAAGAGACCUCAAAAAAUUAGAAACCAAGAGUAAGAUGAAUGAUUCGUGGGACCAUCAUCAAAAAAAGAACGAAAAAAGAACAAAGAUAAUAACAUCUCAGCAGAGCGCAGCAGAGGAGAAACAAACGCAGACACCUAGACAAAUACCUUAUGAUGAUAUGGACCCAGUUUUAAGCAAUACUGCUUAUAUAGGCAAAUGGACUUACGAGUUUCUCACAUUGGGUGAACCGAUUUCCGAUGAAUUGAAUACGAAAAUACUAAUUGAAUACUUAAAAGCAAUUGGAGACGUCAAAGGUUGGGCGUUAAUAAAUUAUCCUAACACAUAUAAACAGAUGGCAAUGUUGGAGAAAGCGUUGACAGGACGCGAGAUUCCUGCUAAUCACAAAAUUAUCAACGCGGACGUCAAUAUUGAGGACAUUGAUCUUCCAUCAGCCAGGAUUGUAUUUAAGGGUCAUGAAGACGUAUUCGCGACAUACAGGCAGUCUAGAUUGUUGCCGAAUCCAAUUUUCAGAGCAAAAGAUAGCUCCUCGACGUUUAUUACAAUCUAUGUCAAGGCAAUGUUAAAGUCAAAGAUAAUAGAUCAAGAUCAAUUGUCUAUACCUUUACCCGACGAUGCUACAUCAAUAGACGAAUAUUACGCUAAUGAAAAUAUAGCAUACGGAUUUUUCUACAACAUUCUCGAUUUUUCGACGUUGAAACAAUUAGCCGAAUUUAUUGCGGAUCAAAUCCCCAAAAAGAAAUUGGAACGUUUUGAAAAGAUUUCAGAGACAUAUGAUGAUGAACAGAGAUUUCCUGUUGAUUCAAAAGUCAUUAUUAAAUGCCUGAUACCGAAAUCUAAGUGGGAAACCUCGAAGUAUGAAAAGAAGAAAGAUAUCGAAGUUGAGAGCAGCGACUUGCAACCGGAAGUUCAAACGCAAUUAGCAAACAGUCAUGUUAAACCUGGAGAAGACGAUUGGCAAUGGAUAAAUUUCUUUCAACCACCAGCCUUACUUGAAAUUUUGGCUACAUUUUGGGAGAGUAUUGAAGAGGCCUAUGUUGAGAAUUUGAAAGAGAUUCUCUCUUUGAAGAGAAUGCAUACGUCGGCCAUUGUACCCUAUAAAAAUCUCAUCCUGAGAAACUUGAUGAAUUUCGUUGAACGUCCUGAUGAACGGCAAAUCUUCUUGCGAGAUUUUCAACGCGCUUUUAAUGAAAUCGAUGAGGACCUCAGGGAUGACCCCGACAUGAAAUGCGAGCUGCACUGCCGAGUCGACGAUUUUCGAAUGGAAUUAUGGGAUUUGUGUGAUGCGAGAAGACAUAAAGCUGAAGAAGAAAGAAAAUACACUCUGCAGAAUAAAUGGAUUCCGGUGGAAGCCGUGAUUCUUGUCAACGUGUAUAUUGGAAUCUUGCAAGCGGAAGUUGAUAGAUUCAUUGAAACUAUGCAAUUUUUGCAAGAUUACUAUAUCUCCAUGUCGCAGAAACCUCUUCAGGAACCGCGAUUCUCCAAAAUCAUUCUUGAUCACGUCGCAUUGACGGAUAUUCUUCUGGAAACCUCGUUGUUCGAAGAUGAAGAGCGAAUGCUGGCAAAGAUUGAAUCGACCAACGCUUCCCCUCGUAAAGCCUUAAAUAUACAUCACUUCAAAACUGAGAUCGAAACUUUGCUAAUCGAUACAUCGAAGAGCUUUGAUCCUGAUCAAAGUAUCAUUUAUAAUAUUAUCAAGGAUAAUAUUCGACAAGUACAGAAUGUCGUGGAUUCGAUCUCGUCUACGACAUUGGAAAUGCUGAAGAACGAAGAGAAAAUCGCGAUUUCAAAGAGUGAUGUUAAAAGCAAAAAUAUCGGAAAUGCAUCGCCCGAUUCAACGUUUGCCAAGCUAGCGGAAAGAAAUCGCGAUCUAAUUGAGGAAUGGCGAUAUGCCGUUCUUUUUGAAAUCGAUCGUAUUAAUCAGAGAUUAGAUGUUCUAAACGCGGCUGCUCGAUUCAACAUCAUCUUCCUUUUAGAUACUAUGAAAGAGGUUUUCCAUGGUGUUUACCAUCAUAUUAUUGAAAGAGUAGUUUAA